AAAGAAAUAAAGCCAUUCUUACCUGAUUUAUUCUUUGAUAUUCGUUUGCAAUCCAACAUAUAAACUCGUAUGGUCUCGUUUAAAAGUUUAAAACUGCUUGCACAAUACAAAAUAAAGUUUGACCGCCCCCCUCGUUUAAAAAAACUUCCUGAAGCUUAAUUAUUCCUCCCGGAAAUCAUCUUUACAGACAGACACAAAUCCAAUCUCGUUCCCCGAGCCUGCGAUCCUCGGGAAGGAACGCGAGGCUCUGGGAUAAUCCGUUUCAGGGAGGAAUCUGAUUGGCCAUUGAAAUGGAAUGCGUAGUUCAAUCUUAGCCAGGAUUCUUGGCUUCCGGUAACGGAUUAUCCCAGAGCCUUCGAUUCCUUCCCGAGGAUCGCAGGCUCGGGGAACGAGAUUGACACAAAUCGAGGUCUCGGCAAUACAUAGAUCGCGCGAAAGACUGGGUCGAGUGGACUCUGGAGAAAACACCGCGUGUCAAGAAUAGGGUGCUGCCUUCGGCAGCAAAAAGGCUAUGUCCGAGUUGAACCUGAGAAAAUUCAAAAUAGAAACAUGAAGUAUGAAAUUAAGCUAAGCAUGCUCUAAUUUUGAUUCUUCACAGAUUGUGGUAAGGGAAAUUUUUUCCUUGGUAAAGUAGUAAGUGGUCAAACAGCUCGUCCUAACAGCUGGCCAUGGCAAGUUUCAUUUAGACGUACUGGUAGCACAUUUCAUUUCUGUGGUGGAUCUUUGAUUAGUGAUCAAUGGGUAGUUACAGCAGCUCAUUGUGUGCAGGGAAAAUCAGCUUCCGGUCUUAACAUAAGAUUAGGUAAGUGCCACUACGUAACAGUAAUGGUCAUCAAUGACCCCAUACCGGCACAAGGCAAACAUUGCCGACAACUCGAUUCAAGGCAGUACUUGGUGUGAAGGGAACAACCAUCUGCGCACUUGAAGAAUAUAAUAAUUGAAGAAUAAUCACAUAAUGUAUGAAAACAUGUUCAUGGGUAACUCGCACUGAUCUAGAGUGGUAACUCGUCCUCUCAAAAUUGAUGUAUUAAAGCAAUCUUCAAAAUGUUGCAUUGGUAUUUGGUAUACCAUGUUGGGGACCUUGUUUUCAGUCGAGUACCCUGAAUCGCUUUGAAUUUCCCAUGUUUCAUAGUUAUUCAUAAAACAGGCAUAGAGAAAAAAACAAUUUAAGAAGUAUUUUUAAGUACUUAAAAAUGCACAUUUUGAAUUUUUUAACGUCGAAUCUUAUCCCACUCCAAAACGCGUCAUUUCAAUGCAAUUUAUAGAAUAUCAACUCAAGUUGUUCUGUUUGGCAUAAAGAUAUCAUGAUUUUUUCAGGUGAACAUAAUUUCAACUCAAAUGAAGGCAAUGAGAUGGACAGUCGUGUUGAAAGAAUUAUUGUUCAUCCUGGAUAUGCCAGAUUAAAUAAUGACAUUGGUAAGUUCGACAAUACAGACUGAGCACAAGCAAAGAAAUUAAAGGAUUUGAGAUGCCAACAAUAGCACAAAAGAUCGACGGUACAAGAUGUCCUAAAAAUGUCUCCACUAUAUUUUGUAAUAUUACUAUGUUAGCUUUAAUAGAUGUUUCAGGAUUUUAUACUGGAUUUAAUAACUAUAUCAUAUAGCAUGUCAAUCUGUGGAUAUUGGACUGUAUGGACAAAAUAACUAACCGUUUGCCUUCUAAAUAACUGGAAAGUGGCAACACCAGUAUUCCCAAACUAUAGAAAUUAGCUUCAAAGUAUUUCAAGGAAUGUAGAAAAGAUUUUUCACGAGGAUUCCUAGGUAUCUACUGUCCUCGGAAUCUACCCCUAUAACAGGGAUUUGUGGUCCUUUUCAUCAAAAUUUUGAUUCAUGAGAAAAUUAUAGCAAUAAUGAGGCGAGAAUGUUGGAAAGGAGGGAGGAAUGCCAAAACGUUUCUGUUUCUUCAUCUUUUUUCCAAAAACAGGCAUCUCAGUUCUCUAACACAAACCACCAUGCAUGAGUUAUUGUUCGUGGAGUUAAGGUAACGCCCUCCAAAUAACAGUGCAUCUAUUGGUUAACUAGCGAAAACUCAAGACUGUAUACCUCCGCCAUCGAAAGUCAAGUAGCCAUGCAUAAAUUAGACAUGGAUUAAUUACUUUGGUACAUUUCUCAAGUAAUUUUCAUCCAAAUUAAAUCAAAAUUUGAUUUAUAUUUCUUUGGGCUAUGGCCAAGGGCUCCAAAAACGUUCAUCAAAUGACUAUUGAGUUAUCCUGCCUGACCUACUGACAGACGAAACACACCAAAACAAUUGAGGUAAACACAAAACUUCCUAGUAGAGGUAUAGUAAAGCUAUACUUUUCAUCAAUACUGUACAGAAUUGUGGUCAGUUAUGCUACAUUUAAUACAGUUCCAAAUUACCUAUUAUUUUCCUGUUUCAUUUUAGCUCUGGUCAAGCUGGCCCGAAGAGUAUCACUAAAACCACAAAUUCGACCUGUCUGUCUUCCACAACAAGGUGUCAGUGUUGAUGAGGUUUCUGGACAAGAAUGCUACAUCACAGGUGAGGGAAUUUAUUUUAAUAAAUAAAUAAGUUCUUUGCAUGUUUGCAUGGUGAAAAUAAAUUUAAUCGUUUUGGUUUCCGGGAGAACCUGUUUACUUUUCUGGCAAUGUUGUCGAUUCUUAUGGUAUUCUUCAGCUUUCUGUACGUCUUCCUGUAUCGUUGCCAUGUAAUUUCAUGAAGGUACUGCAUAGAGAAACCUUUAUCACUAAGCGAAGAGAUAUCUAACACGAGAAACACGGAUUCUAACGUUAGUCUUUAGCUAAAUUUGAUAAAAAAAUCUCACGUAUUAAAAUGAAAUGUGUGUGACAUAAUACGACAGGUUGGGGACGUACUGGUGCAAGCAAACCAGGAGCAACAGUUCUUCAACAAGCAAAACUUCCUGUUAUCUCCGAGUCAAAAUGUCGUCAACAUAUGGGAUCUGGAGUGACCCGACAAAUGGUAAAUAUCAGAUAAACUUCCACUGUGUCGAGCUAUGUUUCACAGUUGUUAGCAAAUAAGGAAAUAUUUUCAGAAACAUUUACCCAUACAGUAAAUUUCUUGACUACAUAAGUAUCUAACCAAUCUGGCAUAUCAAUCAAGAGAGGAAAUACUCCUGUAUGUCUACAUGCAACAAUGUUCCCGAGAAAGGACAACAGAACUUCUACCUACUCAACCAUACCUCUCGCUGUUUUAUGGGAAUGUAACAGGUUCUAGAAAUUCCCUGUAUAAACUGUGCGGGUGACCUUUCCAUGUUGCAGUAGGGAAUCUGCAGAGGAAGCAGAUGCAAACGGGAAGACAUUUUGGGAAAAAGCAAAAUUUUCCAAUAUUUUCGCAAUGUUUUAUUGUUUACAAUGAGUGGCUACAGCAUUUCCUGAAACACAUUUCACCAACCAUUAACCAAUUUUAAAUAAAACUUGUUAAUGUCACAUUUGUCAUCUUACCAAUUGCUUUGAUCAAUUAAUAAAAUAGUCAGGUACAGUAAGUACCUUACAAAUAUUCACCAUAUGCAUUCUCAUAUGUGUUUACUUAAUAUUUUGCCAGAUUUGUGCCGGUUUUGGUGGUUCUAGCACAGUCAGUGGUUGCAUGGGUGACUCUGGAGGACCGUUUGUCUGCCGUGAUAAAUCAUCAAAUCGUUGGAUCUUACACGGGGCUGUUUCUUGGGGAAGUAGAACGUGCAGUGCUGGUCAUAAUGAAUUCACAGUAUUUGCACGUGUUGCAGAAUUUACCAACUGGAUAAAACAACAUGUUGGUAAUGUGCAACCACCCCCACAGACACCACCACCGCCACAGACACCAUCACCACGCCCUCCUUCUCCACCACGCCCUUCAUCAGGUAACAUUUUAUUUAAUGUUAUCUUUACUAGUUCUCUUAAUGCAAUUGCACAGGGUGCCAAUUCACCCCAGCCAGAGGCUAACGACACAUGUGCCCGACAAGUAAUGCCCAAGGGAUUAGUUUUUGAUGAGGGAAAAAAGCUGUCGACCCGGAAAAACCACAUCUAAGCACAGGAGAGAACCAACCAAUCAAGCUCAUUGAGUAACUCAAUGUAAGUAAACGCCAUACGAUGGAUUAGCCGCAGCAGGGUCAAUUCAGAGAUAAGGAGCUAACCACAUCUGUCAUUUCAACCUUGCUUUCCUAUGUUAUUAUGGGUUGGAUUCACUAUUUAUUCUGUGACUGCAGAGUUACGUUUCCAUCUUCCAUUCCAGGUCAAGUGUAGAGUUUUCCUUUCCCCACUUGAGUUCCCACUUCGUGAGGCCUGGGCGGAUUCAUGGCGAGUUAAAUGACACCUAACUGGAAGCGAGUUAGGUCUGUUCACAUGCUAGCCAUUCAUCGGUUACGCGUAUAAACUUACGCAAAGAGCUAAUGACUUUUUUCCAUCGAAUGUCCAGCAAGUAAAGCACAAUUACAAACUCUCACAUUUGGAUAAAUUGGAUUAUUGACAGAGUAAUCCAAAUGCUAUAAUAAGUUAUUGGAGAUCGUGGUGCUAACCCUAAACAUAACUGUUUAAAAUAUACAAUAACUAUUUACAUGUAAUAUUAGAAUACACUUUUUCAGAUGAUAAUACACAAGGUGCUGACUUAAUUUAAUCAAAUAAAUUUCACCUUCGUAAUUUCAUUUCGUUUAGCCAAUUGUAACUUUGACAAUGGAAAUAUCUGCAGUUAUCAAAAUGGUGCUGGACAGUUUAAUUGGAAGGUUAAUAGAGGUUCUACACCCAGUAGUGGAACAGGACCAAGCUCUGACGUCAGCGGCAGAGGUAAACUGUUAAAUAAACGUUCAGGUUUUAGAAACAGUGAACGAUAUGAUUUGGGUUGCGAUCAGAUUUCUUUUGCAUUUGGUUUAGAGAUUUACGAUAAAUCCCAAUUAGGUUUGUGUGGGAUCUUAACAAUAACUUAUUCGAUUGUUAACAAUAAUAAUGCGAGUCGUUAGCUUAUUAAACUGUCGAUGUUUUGCUCGAACUACCCUGAAUAGGUAAGAAAAUUUAAACUUUUUGAGUAUAGAUGCUCCUCAUCUGCAAAUUGGUUCAGUUUUCUUAUUUUUUAAGUAGCUUGGUAAAAACCUCCAAAGUGAUUUAGUCUACUGGGGCCUACUGCCUACACAGGACUUCCCUACACAGGAUUCUGCAUAUAGUUUACUAUAAUAUGCAGAUUAGUGUAAUAAUGCACUGAAAGUGAAACCGAAAAAAGCGUGAAUAUUGGAUAUCCUCGGCGCUCAUAUUCACGAAAUAAUUACAGCUACGUCCAGGGCACCUCUUGUGAGUUCUUAAUUUCAUUUGAAAAACCCUUAACAAAUCCUUUCGCAAAGUUACGGUAAAUGUUGUUUUGUUAAUUAAAUGAACGUAUUUUUCCAACUUUUUACAGGUUCUUAUCUGUUCAUUGAAACUUCAAAUCCACGACAGUUCGGUGAUAAAGCUACAAUUCUAACACCUUACUUGAACGGCCCGCAAUGCAUGAAAUUUUCUUACCAUAUGUACGGUACUCAUAUUGGAAACCUAAACAUCUAUGCCAAUAACCAAAGGAUGUUUUCAAAAUCGGGAAAUCAAGGAAACCAAUGGGUGGGUGUGGAAAUGCCAAUCUUACAAAGUGGAAGAUAUAUGGUAAGCAAAGAGAGCGGUAUUUCAGAUAUACAGACGAUGGCACAAUAUUUUAGGAAAAGACUAUUCGUAGGGCCCGAGAAAACUUCGGUACGAACCUCGGUCAUUUUUUUCUUGGGUUGCAGCAACCCGAAAGAUUAAUUCAACGCUGUUCUUGUACAAAAAAAUUGUUUUAAGAGCCAAAAUGAAGUAACUGAUGAUUCACAUUUUUGUUUAAAUUAUGAAGGUUAAGUUUGAAGGUGUUCGCGCUCGUGGUUACCAAGGUGAUAUUGCAAUCGAUGCAAUCAGCUUUACUCCAGGAAGUUGCUCAUUCCAAACACCAAAACCACCAACACCUCGACCAACAAACCCUCCAACAAGACCAACAAACCCUCCAACAAGACCAACAAACCCUCCGACACAAGCAGGUACUCUACCACCAUUUACCAUUUUUUAGUUAAAACAACCAAGUCAUUAAUUAUAUACCAAUGAUGGUCACAUGCCCGGGUUGUGUUCCACUGCCCUUUCAUCUUCCAAAGUCUGUAUACCAACUUACUGCUACAUCCAAUUCCUUUUGAGAUGAAUUUGCCUCGUUGCCCUUCUAUCCUUUCAAGGUCGAUAUCGAGAUUUACUACAACAUUUCAAACGUCUUGACGUGAACGUGUUUCACUUUCCCUUUUUCUUUCCAAGGUCUCUAUACCAACUUAUCCAAAUACGUCUAGAUGGCAAUGCGCCUCGCUGUUCUUUUAUCUCCCCAAUUUUUUCUUAUAACAACAUCCACUAGAUACUGUUACAUUGUCCAAUAGGUAUUGUUGGAAGAAUGUUUCAAGUAUUUUCCUUUUAUCUUUCCAACGUUCCUACAAUGACUUAUUACGACGUCCAAUAGUUCUUGACGGGAACGUACUCAUAAUUCCCCCUUUAUCUUUCCAAAGUUCUUUAUCCGACUUAUUACGAUAUCCAAUACGUCUUGACGAUAAUGUGUCACAUCAUCCUUAUCUUUCAAUGUCCUUAUAUCAACCUAUACGACGGACAACAUUUCUUGACAAGAAUGUGCUUCAUUGUUCCUUAAAUUUUCGAAGGUUUCUAUACAGACUGAUCACGACGUCCAUUUUCUCUUGACAAAUCUUGACAGGAAUGCACCCUAUAAUUACACGGACUUAUCACAAUGUCAAAUAUUUCUUGAGGAGAAUGUGCCUCAUUGCUCUUUUAUCUUUCUAACGUGUCUAUAGACCGACUGAUUACGACGUCCAGUGCAUGGUAACGACAGUGUACACCUUUUGCCCUUUUAUUAUUCCAAGUUCUUUACACCGUUUUAUUAAUACCAUGUCCAAUACCUCUAGACAACAAUGUACCACAUUACUCGCCCAGCUUUCCAGUACCCCUUUACUGAUCUAUUUGCGACACUUUUCUUAUGCGAACUAUUUUCUUCUCUCCUAUAGUGAGAUGCAACUUUGAUCAAGGUUUGUGUUCCUUCACAAAUGGUGCCAAUGAUGAUUUUGACUGGACAGUUCGUAGUGGAAGUACACCAAGUGGUGGCACGGGACCUUCGCGAGACGUUUCAGGGAAUGGUAAUAGCCUGAUAGUUUCGUAUUAUUUAAAUUACUGAAUUAAAUGUCAUAUUGUAUAAUCUUGAGUGUAUAGGUAGCGAUGAAUAAUAAUCUUAAGAGAUUGUAGGACCAAAUAAUCUAAAAAAAUGUAACAAGAACUUCCAGACGAAUGCCUUUCGCUAGAAAGGUCGACGUUCUUGUAUAUAUUCCGAGUACUUUGACCCUACAAUCCCUCUAGCAUAUUGUUUAAUAUUUCAAAUUCGAAAUGAGGACUGAAUGGGACUUAACGCCCAAGCACUUGAUUCUAGUCCAAGUUAACUGCGAGAACUUGAAAUCCCCUCCAGUACGAGGUUUUGCAAUAACAUCUCAUACUAAAUCACUACUUUUAAAAAUUAAAGUAAAUUAAUACUUCGCCUGGUAUCCAGUAUCAUUAUGUGAGCAAAAUAAAACAACAUGGUUGGCAAUCUCAAACCCUGAGCCUACAAUCCUCUGUGGAAGCCUCCAACCUGCAUGGUUUGAUAAUGUUCAUGAAUUAUUAAUGAGUUUGUGAUAUAAUAUCAAAGUAAAAUAAUGAAUGAAACAAUAAUAAUUAAAUGUAUUUAUAAUGUUUGUUUUCACUUGCAGGCAAGUAUGUCUAUAUUGAGACAUCAAGUCCCAGAGUGCAAGGUCAGAAAGCCUAUCUCGUCAGUCCCCAAGUCAGCGGCACUCAAUGUUUGAAAUUCUCUUACCACAUGUACGGCGCUAGCACGGGAUCUCUUAUCGUCUAUCAAAAUAUGGGUGGUCGAAUGGUGGAGCUGUUCAAGAAAUCUGGUGAGCAGGGCAACCAAUGGAAGAAAGCUGAAGUACAAAUAAAAAAUGGAAACCAUUAUUCUGUAAGUAUAUACAACUUUGUUUCCUGAUAAGGGUUGGUAAAUAUAUUGAUCUUAUAUGAUCUCACUUUAAAGACCACCCGCGGAAACUCCAACAGAGUGAGAAUGGAGCCAAGAGGAAAGCUACCACGAGUAGCUCUGACGAUGCAACUACAUUUCCCUGCAAUGAAUAUUUAUGUGUCAUAACGUUAUGAGACUCCAGUAACGUUUUCACUAUGCCGGAUGUUUUCUGUAGGGAAAACGAUUUCAGAUCCAUUGACAUUAAGAAAACUAUUUCUGAAGUGAUUUUGGAACGGAGUUCCGCUGCUGAAAAUUAUUACGACGUUUCAGGUCGGAUAGCGGUCGUUUCGGAUCUGUAUAGGGUACGGGUUUUUGGAAAAUACAAAAGGGUUUUAUAUAUUACAUCAUUAGUAUGGUCAGUGUUAUGAUCCUGUCGCAAAUAGGGUUUUCUGUACGAACGAGCUAUGGUAAACUGAAUAUUCAAAACGUAGGUUCUAACCUCGCGAUUAAAUUAUAUCGAUAGUAUUUCAAAACGAUACAAAACAUUGAUUUUUACACUAUAUUGUAUGGCUUUAUGAAACGAUCAAUCCGAUAUGGUGUAAACGUAGUCUCCAUCAUGAUCUCUAUGAACGGUAUUUCAUUUUAAUUUGUUUUUCAAAGGUUGUAUUCAGUGGAGUAAGAGGAAAUAAUUACCAAGGUGACAUUGCAUUGGAUGAGAUUUCAAUCACAUCUGGUCAAUGUUCAGGAUCUCCUGGUACAAAACCUCCAGUAACACCCAGGCCUCCAUCAGGAUCAUGUGGCGAGAAAGGACGUGGUCUGAGUGACUUCCCCAAAAUUGUCGGUGGUCAAGAAGCCACACCAGGUGAAUGGCCAUGGCAAGUAUCACUUUUGCGAGGAACAUUCCCAUUCUGUGGUGGUUCACUUGUUUCAAAUCAAUACGUUAUUACUGCUGCUCACUGCGUCAAAUCGACGGAUUGGAAUCGCGUGAAGGUAAUUAAUUAAAGCUCAUGUAACCAUGCCUGGCCAAGCCCACUGGAACCCUGUUUGAAUGUUCAAUGAUGGUAUCCUGACUGUUUGUACUCCUUCCCCCCUUGACCUUCAGACGUCCCUUAACAGAGUAUCUACAAACGCUCAAGUUAUCUUAGCUGCCCUCUCUUGCUUUUCCUACGCACCAUGGGUCUCCUGGAUGCUUGGUUUUAAGAAUUAUCCCACCCAAAUAAUUUUUCUUAAAUUCCCCAUUGUUUCCAAUAAUGUGUUUACUGUAUUACAAUCCAACACAAUAGUUAUUACCACUUCCGGAUAUAAUUCCAGAUCAAUGAUAAUACUGACGAACUGAGUCUUCGUAUCUUUCCAAUUUGAAUAAAACUAGUGAAAAGAGAAACCUUUGUAGUCUUCUAUGGUUUAUAUACAUUCUUCUUUUUCCAUUUCAGUCACACUUUGUUCUGACUAAUUUCCCAUUUUCAGAUCAGAGUAGGUGAACAUGAUAUGCGCGUGAAUGAAGGACACGAACAAGAUAUCAGUAUUGCAAGAAAUGGCAUUACGGUUCAUCCGCAGUACAACAAAGGAAGAACGGAUUAUGAUAUUGCAGUCAUCAGACUUUCCAGAAGUGUUCAGUUUACACAAAGGAUAAAGCCCGUCUGUAUAAACAGGGGCAUAGAUUUCACUGGUAAAGUAACGUUAUUUUUAGAGCAAUAGAAAGCCUGAAAGGCGAGGUAUUGAUUGAUACUGUUAUUAUCAAUAUCAUGUUUAUCAUUAUCAACAGUCCAAGUAAGGGAACGUUGAAACAUCGUGCUUUAAAUAACAUACAGUCCUACACUCAUUGUUUGAGCUCCUUUGCAUUUGGUUUAGCACAUGAAAAGUUCCAGGGCUGGUUGUACAAUGGCCGGGCAUACAGCGCUAUCAAUCGAUAUUUUUUCAAGCUUUCUAAAAGUAUCCGUUGAAUAAACCUUGAUUAAACUUCAGUAUAGAUAAAAUUAAAGUUUAUUUUUAUUAGUUAUGAGGUCAAUAUACGUAGUUUUAAUAAUCUUUUCAAUAAUUUUUGUAACGACAAAAAUCACUAUCCAGGCCCCGAAGACUAGAUUGCACAAGCGCUUUUUGAAUUCAGGUUGGAAUUUUCUACUCGUAAAACGCCUAUUAGCAAAAUAGCAAUAAUACAAAAUUAACCAAUGCAAAUACAUUAUCACAUCACAAAUGCCCAUUUAUGGUAAUGCAUGCACGUGAUGGUAAUCUCCCUUAGCAUCGAACUCAUAAUAUCCUGAACGCUACCUCCAAAACAAACGAUCAUAUACAUACUGUAUAGAUGAAUUACCAAAAUUAUAAUGGUAUUUCUAUAUAGGUCAACGUUGUUACAUCACUGGAUGGGGCAGACUGAAAAGUGGGGGAUCAACGCCAAAGGUCUUACAGGAAGCUCAAGUUCCCAUUGUAACUACACAAGAAUGCAAAAAGUCAUACGGCAGCAGCAUUACUGAUAGAAUGCUUUGCGCUGGAUAUUCUCGAGGUGGUAUUGACACUUGCCAAGGUGACAGCGGAGGUAAGACUCAAGAAUAGAUAUGAUUUGUUCAUCACAGUCAAAACGACAUGCCAGCAACCACUAGGCUAACCUUUAUACCACUUAGUUCAACAAAAACCAGACCGACUAAAACCACAAGAAAGAAUUACUUCCGACCGAUCCACAAAUAAAUUUUGUCUUAACCUGUUUUCCUUUCGCAGGUCCAUUGGUUUGUGAACAUAGUGAUGGUUCAUGGCAUCUUAGUGGUGUGACGAGCUGGGGUCGUGGGUGUGCAUCUGCCGGAUACUAUGGAGUUUAUGCUCAUGUUGCCAACCUUUACCCCUGGGUGAAGCAAGUUACAGGACUGUAAUUUUAAUAUACCACCAGUAGUUUGAUAGCAAUACAUAAUUACCUCAAUGAUUGUGAAAAUACAAAUGAAUUGAAUAAAAUGAUUAAAGGCAAAUGUAUCAUAUUGUUUUAUUAUUUUUGGGCGACCUUUCCUCCUUUCAACAUGGUUUUGUUUAUUAACGUUACUAGAAAUACAGGCAUGCACCAACCCCAACAAAAAGGGAGAAUUCAUAAAAAUUUUUAACUGCAGAAUCAUUGACUUUGAAAUUCUAGAAUGUACUGCUAUGCCAUUAUUUGGCGUUCAAUAGGAUUCAUUUUAAUGUAAAAUUAAUUCGUUUUAUUUCACGUCACCGCCAAACAGUUUGCUCGUCAAUACGGUAAAAAUAUUUUUUGCUUUAGGCACUGGUUUGUAUGUGAAUUCGAUAUCGGUCAAGCCACAUUUGUUGUUUGUAUAAAUAGCCGAGCGGAAUUAAUUAGUACCCUCGUCCCGGGGUUCGCGCCGUUGGUUUGGGGAUCACCAUAAAGGCCUAUACAUACAGAUGUAACCAAGGUUGCUCUGUUCUUUCAUUAUUGCAUAGAAUCGCAUAUAUAGUCAAUAGACCAAGGAAGGUGUACUGAAGACGUCACCCUGUUGCACCUUGGUUAGACCCCCAAGUCGGCGCAUGUUAUUGAACUAUAUGCAGGAAUGUUAACCUAACAUUAGUAUAUACAUAUUAAAUUGCAUGUGUUAGUGAGCAAUGAAGUUUAAAGACAUGACAAAAGGAUAGGAAACACAACAGAAAUACUAUCUAUAAUGACUGAUUACCUACAUGCCAUUGUCUGAAUCUGUGCAAAAGCUGAUUGGUUUAUCACUAUCACAUGUUUAUUGUAUUUUCCCGAACAAACAAAUUGAGCCUGCAUGAUACGGGGCUGGGUUUUGACCUUUAGGCAAUCUUUAUUGCAUACUGUAAAGUAGUUGUACAACGAAUGAUAUUUUUCUCCCUUACUUGAGGCCAUUGCUUGACGUGCACCAAGCUAUUCAUUCGUAUCCAUUGACUUGGGUUCAUCAUCAUCAUUUGUAUCACCAUCUUGUUCCACAUUCUCUCCAUCAUUGUUCGUUUUCUCUCUCACUUCAGAUAACAGUUCAUUAAUAUGUUCCAGUAAUGGCUCGUCAUCACAUCCAGUUUGAGUAAAAAGCUAUAAGUUUAGAAAAUGCUAAACUGACUUACUUAACAAUUAGUCGCCGAAGGCAAGGUGAAUAUAGACCUGUAAUCACCGAGCCUGGGGCGACUAAUUGUUUUAGCAUAAUUUCAGUAUGAAAAAAGUUGUUUUUAUAAAUACAACUAAUACACGUGUUUAUUUUAUGAAUAUAAUUUGCAUAAAUAAUUUACUUCGGUCUGAUUUUCAGCCAUUUUUUUUUUGGGGGGGGGAAGCAAUAGUUACUGCUCAGAGCAGUCUGUUCUGUUCGGUCCUGUCCUGUCCUGUCCUGUCCUGUCCCGUUCCGUUCCGUUCUGUACCAUUACCAGCUUGAUUUGACAGGAAAUAAAAGAAGUAAUUACAUUGUUUAUAUCAUGCAGAUCAAAGAUCAUGAUUUUACAUAUUGUUUUUUUGUUUUGUUCUGUUCUGUUCUGUUCUGUUCUGUUCUGUUCUGUUCUGUUCUGUUCUGUUCUGUUCUGUUCUGCUCUGUUCUGCUCUGCUCUGCUCUGCUCUGCUCUGCUCUGUUCUGUUCUGUUCUGUUCUGUUCUGUUCCGUUCCGUUCUGUUCUGUGCCAUUACCAGCUCGAUUUGACAGGAAAUAAAAGAAGUAAUUACAUUGUUUAUAUCAUGCAGAUCAAGGAUCAUGAUUUUACAUAUUGUUUUUUGUUUUGUUCUGUUCUGUUCUGUUCUGUUCUGUUCUGUCCUGUUCUGUCCUGUCAUGUCAUGUCAUGUCAUGUCAUGUCAUGUCAUGUCAUGUCCUGUCCUGUUCUGUUUAUUGCGCAUUACCAGCUUGAUUUGACAGGAAAUGGAAGAAGUCAUUACAGUGUUUAUAUCAUGCAGAUCAAGGAUCAUGAUUUUACAUAUUGUUUUUGUUUUGUUUUAUUUUGUUUUGUGUUGUUUUGUGUUUUGUGUUGUUUUGUGUUGUUUUGUGUUUUGUGUUGUUUUGUGUUGUUUUGUUUUGUGUUGUUUUGUGCGUUUUUGUGUUGUUUUGUAUUGUUUUGUGUUUUGUUUUCUUUUCUUUUCUUUUUUGUUUUCUUUUUUGUUUUUUUGUUCUGUUCUGUUUUGUUGUGUCCUGUUUUGUUUAUUACGCAUUACCAGCUUGAUUUGGCACGAAAUAGAAGAAGUCAUUACAUUGUCUAUAUCAUGCAGAUCAAGGAUUAUGAUUUUACAUAUUUUUUUUGUUUUGUUUUCUGUUUUGUUUUGUUUUGGGUUUUUUUUGUUCUGUUUUGUUUAUUACGGAUUACCAGCUUAAUUAGGCAGGAAAUAGAAGAAGUCAUUAUAUUGUCUAUAUCAUGCAAAUCAAGGAUCAUGAUUUAACAGAUUGUUUUUUGCUUUGUUUUUUGUUCUCUUCUAUCCUGUUUUGUUUCUUACUCAUUACCAGCUUGAUUUGGCAGUCAUUACAGUGUUUAUAUCAUGCAGAACAAGGAUCAUGAUUAUACACAUUUCUAAUAUUUGAAUCAUUUAGAAAUCCAUUACAUCUCUUCAGGCAAAACCUUUUAUCGUCAAUAGUUUAUGUCAAAACCAUAUAAUUUACAAUUUUCAACACAACGUCAAAUUGAAGAGAAGAUAUAAUGCUACUGUGACGAAAAUUCAUCAUCGAGAAAAUUCCCUUUUUUGCUAGCAACGACUCUAUUGUUGCACCAAAAAUGCUUGUGUAAAAUUUCAGGCGAACAUGAUUAACAACCACGGAGUUACGAGCAUUUGAAAUGUCCAAAAUCGCUGUCCGCCAUUAAAAUCCGCCAUCUUGAUUUUAUAUUGUCACGAGAGGCUUCUGACGUCAUAGUCUCAACACACCGCAAAAUUAGUAAGCAAACGUAGAGCAUAGCAUGUAUUUCAAGAACUAAAAUGUCAGUUUCGUCGCGAUCUAGCUAGUAGCGUUUCGGAGUAUUUGUCUGAAACAGAUUCUCCCGCAUCUCAUCUGUUUAUAUAACAGCGAAUUCAAGCGAACUUGACAAUGAAUUUUUGCCAUUUGAUGAUACUAUUGCUGACUAUUGCUGGAGCCGCUUGCCUCGCCUGAAGAGGUAGCCGAGUACGAGGUCGACGAAGCUAUAGCAGAAGACGAACAGCUCGAAAAUAUGUUACAAAAUCGUUUUGAAGGCCAUGCAUGUUGAUGUAUCGUCUUGGUAAGUUUGUGUUCUUAUUUGCCGGUGUAAUGAAUUAAAACGUAUCUCUGAACUUCUAUUUUGCAUUUUUUAUAAGGUGUGAAUGUGGUCAUUUCUGUCAACCUGAAGUAUGCCUACUAUGCCGAUGUUGUUAUUAAACAAGCAUUAACAUAUUGUGCGCGCACAUUUAUUUAAUAUUAUAUAUUUUAUAGGUUCUUACGCGCAGUUUUCUACAGACAGCUCGUGGUUUGGUAUGAGAUUUUACGGGCAGUUCAAGGCAUCUCACAUUACCGUGUUGUUGUUACAAUAAAAGGUUACGGUUCACUAGUCCGAAGGUUCACUAGUCCGAAGGUUCACUAGUCCGAAGGUUCACUAGUCCGAAGGUUCACUACUCCGAAGGUUUACUACUCCGAAGGUUCACUACUCCGAAGGUUCACUACUCCGAAGGUUCACUACUCCGAAGGUUCACUAUAGCUAGUCCAAAACAUACGCUGGUUUUGAAUUACAAUUACGUGUUAAACUUGGCUGCUUCGCAGUUAAGCAUUUUUCGUACCUGCAUACACGCACGCACGGAAAAAUUUAAAUCCACUUGAAAGUCUUUUGUCCACUUGAGAAAUAAUUAAAUGAAUAAAAGGAAAGCAUUUAGUUUUGUGUUUGAUUUUAAGUGUACUUUUUAAGCAAUUAUUUAGAAAGAUUUAAACUUUUCCGAGUGUAUACGUACGUAAAAAAAUGCGCAACUUGAAAGCAGCCUUAAGGCAAUGUGACCAAUGACUACGGAUGCUACGUGAAAUUUGAUUGUUACGGUUCAUCAUUGAAAUUUGUCCUGUGAGUAACAUCUAGCUUGCACAAGUUGUGACUCAUUAAGAUAACGAAACAACAUAUUUUCUUUUAUUUAAUGCAUAUUUCUUCAUGCUGCUUUACCUAAAUGACAAAAUUGCUAUGCUAAAAUAAAAAAGUGUUCAAAAGAUUAUUCUAUUUAUUAUAUUGUAGCUGUUUGCAGGACAUAAAUGCAUAACUGAGAGUUUCAUAAUGAUUGCGAGACAACAACGUUCAAUUAUUAUUAGCUAUCUACAACUGUAACACGCCAUGACGUGGCCUGAAUUUCCCAAUCCUAAACCAAUACCCUAAAUCUGAACCAAAGAAUUAGUGUAAAUAUAGGCACUUUUUGAGGUUCCUUCUACCCUCAACAAAUGUUUUAAGGUAGCUCCAUACAAUUUCUUCAAUAAAUUGUCCUAAUGAUUGCUCAUACUAGGAAAAACUUUUAAUAAAAUAAAAAUUGGGGGGCACCAUUGUUGUCUUCGAAUUAAACUAGUUUAAAUGCAAAUUAGCAGCCAUUUUUUGAAAUGCCAUUGUUGCCAUGGUAACCAUAAUUACGGACUUUUCCGUUACAGUUUCUGAUUCUCAAAAUACUGUUCUAUAUACUUCUCAAAUUCAUUAAUAAUUCAUGAGUAAUUCAGCCAUUGAUAAUCACCUAUUUGAUCACAAGAUGCCAUUUGGAUACUUGAUGAAAGUCACUAGUGUUUUCAUCAAAUAUCUUAAUUACGCAUGCAAAAUUACUUGAAUAGAAUUCCUAAUUACGUUAUGUUUGGUUAAGAAUUCUAUUCAAAUCAGCAAACGAAAACAUUCGGUUACGUCUCGAUUCAUUUGAGAAGCCAUAUAAACAACUCGAGCUCGUGUCUCACCGGGAUAUCCAAACACUCGAAAACAAUGUAUGAAAACACUCGCGCUUCGCGCUCGUGUUCUCAUACAUUGUUUUCUCGUGUUUGGAUAUCCCGGUGAAACACUCGCUCUCGUUGUUCAUAUAUUACAUGACAUCUGGUUUCAUUCUUCUAUAAAAAUAUCAAUGUACAAAACGUUUUGGUCUGAGAGAAAUUUUUCAAGAAACUGUAUGGAGCCACCUUAAAGCGAAUUAUAUAUUCAAGUAUGACGUAUAUGUUCAAGUAUGACGUCAUGGUACUGCAUGUUAGAUAAGACCCAGCUCGAAUUGCUCUAAAAUGUAGUUACUAGAUGCGAUACUGCAUUCCAAUAACGCUGAACAUCUCUGACUCCAUUAAUGUAGUCGGUCUUCAAUCUCUGAAGUUGAUUUUCUAACCGUUGCCAGCGGUGACGCCUUCGUGUGGGUUGCUCACCGUUAUCCAUAGAACGGAUGCCUUGAUUGGUUUGAGCCUGAAGAUCCUUCAAAUGCCUUAUAAAGAUCCACAAGUUGGGAUGGCGUACUUGCACACGGUUGUUCCAAGCGCGAUGAAAGCCUUAAUAAUAAAACCACUAAAUUGAACAAUUGCAAGUAAUAUAUACGUGGACAAACGCGCAUGAAUAUAAAUAGGCAGUUAUAUACAGUUUUUCAUGUCUUGAGUUUUGAGUUACGCUGCCACUUUUGUAGUUCUUGGAAUGGUACCAAAAACAUGAAAGUCUGUUUGUAUCUCAGAGUUGAUUCAAUAUAAUUGUUAUUUUUAUAUGGUUGUCAUGGAAACACAUUAGCAAUCACGCCCAUAUGAACGACAAGAUUUUAAUGAGAAUCACUUUAGAGAUAUCAGACUUUCGUCUUUUUGCUGCCAUCUCAAACACAAAUAGUGCCGUCAUGAGGACUGUCGAAGUACUGAAGAAUUGUGAAUACACGUAAAUAUAUUGGCUGUUCCAUCAUUUAAAUAAAUAAUAAAACAAUUAUUGAUAUGGAGAAUUAUCAUGACCUCUGUUCCGGUUCGUGUUACUAAGCUCAACCUUAGGCUACGUUGAUAACACAAACUUCGGCUUGAUAAUUCUACAUAUCAUGCGAAAACCGAAUCACAAUAAUUGAUAAAUCAACUGCAAUUACCUUCAGCGUUAUUGUUUGUACGGCAAUCCAUGUCACGAUCGUACACAUUCCACAAAGUUACAGGAAAGUUUCCAUUGAUGUAGUUGUUGAAUACGUAGUUGAAAAACUCCACCAAACCUGGAUAUCUCCUAAACAAUCGCCGUGUCCUAUUUUCUGUGCGCAGUAAUGCAAAGUUAUUUCUCACGAUGGCUGUUGGCAAAAAACCGAUGGACAUUACUUUUCUAAUGAGCUUCUUCACACGCUCGUGGUUUCGAUAGGCCCGGGUCAAACCAAGGUCUUUGACAUGGCGCCAGAGAGACUGGUUAAAAUGAAAAUAGCAUCCCUCUAUUCUGGUGUUAGGUAGUUCCGUCUGGAUAGCAGUGAUUAGGGCUUGCUCAAAAUCGCAUACAAUUGCCUCGGGUUCCCAUUCACUUCCAGUCGCACGCCGAAUUUUACGCUGGAGAACUUGCAACACUUGCCUAUAAUGGCCAAUAGCCCUAUUUGUCAUAAGUACGAUGGCCAGUGGCAAUACUCGUCCGUAGUACUCGCCAAGUAUAGUGAAAACUUGCUCGUAUGGUCGUGGGGCUGUGCGAAAAGUUGCAUCCAUGUAUAAUUGUUGACAUUGAUCAAGCGCACAAAGAUUUCUCCGAGCGCCGAAAAUAGCGAUGCCCCAAUCAUUGUCCUGAUGUAGCAGGAACCUUUUGUUUCUCCAUGAUCGUACCCAGGAACCUUCGAUGUUGACGUCGUCGAUAUCUUGGGGCGUGUCGGGCACUUCAGCCGAUUUCACCCUUGACAUUUGUGACCGAACGGAUUGGAAAUCAGGAAUUUCUUGAUCGGAUCCGCCAGCCUCUCUGUGAAUUGUUGAAACGUGCUGGUCAUAAACUCGCUUUAUUGGUCUGGUUGGAUCGUCUCGUACACUGCCUUUGGCAUCGUUGAGAAAGAUUCCUUUCUGUAUAACGGCAUCGUCUUCUUCGUGAUCAUGCUGCUCUCUCUUCACCACUCUAACGUUUGGAUCUUCAUCAUUCCUGUCGAAGAGAUUAGUCUUUAGUUGCGCGCCGCAAGUUGUUCGCCAACAUCGCCAAUGCAUCGUCGAUUGACUCUAUCGAUUAAACUGAUAUUUAAAGCCGUCUUCAACUAGAACCCUUCCAAUGCCUCUCGCACCCGUGAUUAUUCUAGCCAUCCAAUUCGACUCGCAGCGUGCUUGAUCUUGGUCCUAAACUAAACUCGACAUUCAACUGACUAAAACUGCGAUGUUACAAGCUUUAUAUAUAUAAGCAAAUUAAAACAUCGAUACUAUAACAUGAUUGGCCGGAUUGCUUGUUGAAGUGUUAUAAUUAAGAGUUGAUGUUACUGUUCAUCCAAAAGAGAGAAAGACUAAGAAUAGAGAGCCUAUAAGUCCUUAGAAGCCAAGUAAAUUACAUUAACACAACUUUCAUAAUGUGCCAUGCAGCUUAGUCUCAGCCGGAAUCUUUGUAAAACUGUUAUAAGUAAGAGUUUUGGUGUUACUGUUCCCCUAAGAAGAAAAAGCUUAAGAAUAGAAAGCCUGAGUCCUUAUAAGCCAAGUAAAUUACAUUAACAUAACUUUCAUAAUGUGUCAUGCAGCUUUGUCUUAGGCCGAAUCUUUGUAAAACUGUUAUAAGUAAGAGUUUUGGUGCUACUGUUCCCCUAAGGAGAAAAAGCCUAAGAAUAGAAAGCCUGAGUCCUUACAAGCCAAGUAAAUUACAUUAAAACAACUUUCAUAAUGUGUCAUGCAGCUUUGUCUUAGCCGGAAUCUUUGACCUUGGUAAACUGUUAUUAGUAAGAGUUGGUGUUACUGUUCCCCAAAAGGGGAAGAGGUUAUGGAUAAAAAGAAUUUAGAUUUUUGGCAUCUCACUCGAUAGAUCUAAUUGUAGACGGACAUUUUCGCGCACAUUUUAUCCGAUUCUCUCCAAACGUUGCCACAUGAUGUUGAACAAACCAAGUUCUUGAAAAGUAUGGUACUAAAUCAAAAACGCGAACGCGGUUUUGCUGCUGUACUAUUGUUAAACAUCAUGUGACAAAGUUUGGAGGGAAUUGGAUAAAACGUGCGCGUUUCUUGACUCUUUUGGGGAGGACAAUUUGAGGAUAUUUCAAUCUUUGGCUCUCUGCUACCAUCUGUUAAACUGUAAUCAGAUUAAAAAUAAUUAAGGUGUGUAAAUCAUUAGAAGGGUUUUCGGUGUCAUUCACUCAUUAUCAGUUUAUCCACGGGUAGGUUUAUCACAAACCGUACAUGCAAGAAACCAGACAAAAAAACUUGCUAAUAUGCCGGCGAAACACAAAUGUAAAGAGGGCAUAUAGGUACAGAGCGAUUUAAAUCGGCCAAACGAAAUCUUUCUGGUGCACAGAAGACUUACCAUGCGGCAUGCACCACGAUGACAUAAUCGAGGUUGAAGGUCACACAUCCGGUAUCGAGUAUCACAUCUAUCCGCAUAUUGUGAAUUACAAUUACAACUUUCGCGGCAAAAGAAUCGGUGGUUAUAACAUAUUUUUCUAUUUCUCGGUCACGUUUUAAUAUUUUGGAAAAAAACCUGCGGUAAUAGAGAGAUCUCCGGCCCGUGUAUAUUAAUCAAUAAGAAUGUAAAAGUGAUGAAAUCAUUGUUUUCAUAAUGUGACUGUUCAAUGACUAUCGGAGGCUACACGAAAUCUGGCCUGCCUGCAGAGGGCCUGUAUAGGUGCAUUUUUCGCAACUCUCCUAUUUUUGUCUAAUAAAUGUAUAACAUUUACAUUAGAAAAUGACCGUCUACAAUUAGAUCUAUCGAGCGAGAUGCCAAAAAUCCUAAUUCGUUCUAUUCAUAACCUCUUCUCCUUUUGGGGAACAGAGACGCCAACUCUUACUUAUAACAGUUUUACCAACAUUCCGGCUAAGACAAAGCUGCAUGACACAUUAUGAAAGUUGUGUUAAUGUAAUUUACUUGGCUUGUAAGGACUCAGGCUUUCUAUUCUUAGGCUUUUUCUCCUUAGGGGAACAGUAACACCAAAACUCUUACUUAUAACAGUUUUACAAAGAUUCCGGCUAAGACAAAGCUGCAUGACACAUUAUGAAAGUUAUGUUAAUGUAAUUUACUUGGCUUGUAAGGACUCAGGCUUUCUAUUCUUAGGCUUUUUCUCCUUAGGGGAAUA